AUGAGGGUGGAUUUCACAAACAUCGGAGAGAACAACAUCGUCCCUGCCGCCGCCAAGUACUUCAAAGUCACCUUCCAGGCCGAUCGCUCGGAGCUAAGCUGUUUCCCUAACGACCAGAACUGCGCCGCCAUCAGCGUCUGUGACACCGACGCGCCGGCCGGCGGGCUCAUCUUCGACUCAUUCAGCUCCAUCCAGACCUACUUCUCCACCUUGUACGACACCGUCAACGUCGCGGACCAGCACUUUGCGGAGAAGCUGGAUUUUCUGGCCAAGAUAUUGGUCCAGACCCACAAGGAUCACGGGAACCAGAUCCUUAACAUCAUCCUCGACGUCUUCGUCUUCUCUCUAGUCUUCGGCACCCUGUCGGGCGUCCACAACAAGCUUGGCAGCAACCGGUCCUCCAUCUACAACCAGACCGUCAGGUUCGUCCGCGACACUGGGACUGGUCUCUUCCUCGGCAACGACACGGAGAGCAUCCAGGGCCUGAUGUCUGGCGGCGCCAUUAUAAAAACUAUCGACUUCGCCGAGAACCAGUCUCUCGGCGACAUUGCCCAGUCCUUGUGGUUCUCCGUCUUCGUCACCAUGCUCAUCCCUCUGGCGUGGAGUAUCUCCUACCAUACCAACCCCGUAGUGCUGUCUUUUGAUUGCAGAUACCAGGAGGGCGCCGACCACUGGGGUAUAAAGAACAAGGAUGCCAAAAUGCUCCGCAUCACGGCGGGUGACUAUACCCUCUAUCUCCUCAACGUGCCUGAGGUACACAUAUGCUCCAAAGGAGACCUCAUCCUACUCCCGGCCAUCGACCAACUCAGCAUGAACAACACGGAGUGGGGAAACGUCACCUUUGCCGACACGAUGAUCAGCACCAUGCUCAUUGACGGGGCAGGCACCAAGGGCGAAUUCACCAUCCAAAACUUUCUGGCCACCGCGGGAGUAUUUGGCAUCCCGGUCUGCAAAGUCUACGAUAUCAUUUGGAAUGGCUCAGAAGAAAGUCCCGGAGAGCUGCACGACCUGGCCCUGUUGUGCCGGUUACACGGACCAUAUCAAUUGCAUGCACCAGAAUUGCUGGUUGUAGCUGCAACCGUCUUCUUUCACUUAGAUUUCUUAUUUCUGGUGAUUGUAAUAUGA